CCCGGGCUGGCGCCAUGCGGGGGAGCCCGGGGGACGCGGAGCGGCGGCAGCGCUGGGGGCGCCUCUUCGAGGAGCUGGACAGUAACAAGGAUGGCCGCGUGGACGUGCACGAGUUGCGCCAGGGACUGGCCCGACUGGGUGGGGGCGACCCGAACCGCAACGCCCAACAGGGCCUCACCCCUGAGGACCAUGCUGACCCUGAGGCCGGGCUGGACCUGGAGGAAUUUUCACAUUACCUGCAGGAGCGGGAACAGCGCCUGCUACUCAUGUUCCACAGUCUCGACCGGAACCAGGAUGGUCAUAUCGACGUCUCUGAAAUCCAGCAGAGUUUCCGAGCGCUGGGCAUUUCCAUCUCACUGGAGCAGGCCAAGAAAAUUCUGCACAGCAUGGACCGCGAUGGCACGAUGACCAUCGAUUGGCAGGAAUGGCGAGACCACUUCCUGCUGCACUCGCUGGAGAACGUGGAGGACGUGGUCUAUUUCUGGAAACAUUCCACGGUCCUAGACAUCGGUGAGUGCCUGACAGUGCCCGACGAGUUCUCGGAGCAGGAGAAGCAGAGCGGCAUGUGGUGGAAGCAGCUGGUGGCCGGCGCAGUGGCCGGCGCUGUGUCCCGCACCGGCACAGCCCCCCUGGACCGCCUCAAAGUCUUCAUGCAGGUCCACGCCUCCAAGACCAACCGCCUGGACGUCCUGGGGGGCCUGAGGAGCAUGGUCCGCGAGGGCGGUGUCCACUCCCUGUGGCGGGGCAAUGGCAUUAACGUCCUCAAGAUCGCACCAGAGUCAGCAAUCAAGUUCAUGGCCUACGAGCAGAUCAAACGGGCCAUCCGCGGGCAGCAGGAGACGCUGCGCGUGCAGGAGCGCUUCGUGGCUGGCUCCCUGGCAGGCGCCACGGCCCAAACCAUCAUUUACCCAAUGGAGGUGCUGAAGACGAGGCUGACCCUGCGCCGGACGGGCCAGUACAAAGGGCUACGGGACUGCGCGCAGCAGAUGCUGGAGAAGGAGGGGCCCCGGGCCUUCUACCGCGGCUACCUGCCCAACGUGCUGGGCAUCAUCCCCUACGCGGGCAUCGACCUGGCCGUCUAUGAGACCCUGAAGAACCGGUGGCUGCAGCAGUACAGCAACGACUCAGCGGACCCCGGCAUCCUUGUGCUCCUGGCCUGUGGCACCAUCUCCAGCACCUGCGGCCAGAUAGCCAGUUACCCCCUGGCCCUGAUCCGGACUCGGAUGCAGGCCCAAGCCUCCAUGGAGGGCACCACCCAGCUCUCCAUGCUGAGCCUGCUCCGACACAUCCUGUCCCAGGAAGGCCUGCGGGGCCUCUACCGGGGCAUUGCUCCCAACUUCAUGAAGGUCAUCCCAGCUGUGAGCAUCUCCUACGUGGUCUACGAGAACAUGAAGCAGGCCCUGGGGGUCACGUCCAGGCUCCAGAUCCACUGUCCCAUGUUGCACUGGGUCCUUGACCCCAACCCUGCCAUCAAGCCCCAGAGCUGGAUUCAGGCCUGGGUCUCCAGGCCCAGUCACUGGAGGCUAGAGAUGGAGAAGCCUGCAGUCCCCGGAUGCUGACAAAGGAAUACCUAGGUCCUGGGGCCCCAACCACUGGAUCCCCCCCCCCCCCACACACACACACACACACACAUUUUUGGAUCCCUGAGUCCCUCUACCUUGACCAUUGAAUCCCAGAUCCCUACGCCUGGACUGAUGGAUUCCCUACAUAUCAACCACUGUACCCCCAACCUGCAGCACUGGAUCCCAGAUCCCUAAGCCCCAACCCAUGGGAUCCUGGCUCCUUAAGCCACAAGCAUGAGAGGCCGACAGCACAGCAAUAACCAGAUCCUGGCACUGCAGCUAGUGGGAGGGUCCCAACACUGCAUUUCAGAUCACUUGAUGCCAUGAGCAGGCUGUGACCCUCAUCCCAUCCAGGGAAAUCAGUCACUUGAUCCCCACUACUUGAUCCCUGAAUUUGAAUCUAACUCGCCCGGGCACUCAAUCCCCAGCCAUCAGACCCCAAGCUCUAGGUCCAGGGUCCCACCCCCCAGCCCCAACACACAUACAGGACCCCACGGUCUUGGGAGCCCAAGGAGAAGCCCAUGGGAGCAUGACCCUCGGGCCCCACCACAGGCAUGGGAGUUCUCCACGGCUGGUCCUGACUCAGCCCAGGCUGGGGAGCAGGGAAAGGGGUACACCUGCCACUCCCUGCUCGGCCCCCACCCAAUCCUCCCCUGACCUCAUCAUUCUGGAUGACCGGUCCCUCAAUGCCCCUCCCCUCUCGAUAGACAACUGUCCGCUGGAGUUCUCAGGGGCUGCUAAGGAACCAUUCUGAGGUCAGGGCGCCAAUGAAGGGGAUCUCCCUUCACCCCAGCACUGCCAGCGCUUCCCAGGCUUUGUCCCUCAGGCCUCAGAGAGUUGAAAGUCUGAAAUACUACCCUGUGGACCCCCUGCCAUGAAGCUCAGUCUCCAAUUACACAACAAUAACCCCAAGGUCAAGUCUCCUGUCCUAUCAGAGGAGCAAGCACCCUGCCCCAGUCUCCGCUCUCUCUCCUGCUUCUGCACUUUAUGGCAGAGAGCUGAGGGUCAUUGGAAGGGGAGGUCUUCCCCCCUCCGCUCCUUACUCUCUGGGGAGACCUGCUGAAGGACCAUAGUAGAGGAACUGAGGUGUUGGAAGGGCUGGAGAGCCCCACGGUGUCCACCUCCCUCCAUUCACGGCCGUGCCCCCUUCUGCCCAUGUGUGUUACUUCAUAGGAACAGCAGCAGCAAAAAGGAUAAAUUUUCUAAGCUCUU